AGAGGCGCCGGAGAGCCGGGCUUGAGGUGGCCAUGCCGGGGACGCCUGCCGAGGGGCGAUGCGUGGUCUGCGGACGCGAGGGGCGCCAGGCCGCGAAGUACCGAUGUCCGGGCUGUCGGGAGAGAUAUUGUUCGGUGCCUUGUUACAAGAAGCACAAAGAAGAGUGCACAUCCAGAGUGGAUCCAGCCACACGGCCUGCAGAUUCAGGUCCUUCCUGCCCCGUUCAGAGAGAGAAAUCCUGGAGGGCUGAAGGCAGCCCUUGGUCUGUGGAUGACAUUUUGACCGAAGAUGAUGAAGACGAUAGGGUGCCUCUCCAGAAACUUCAGCUGUUGAGGGAAUCGGAAGAGCUCCGAGCCAUCCUUUCGAAUCCUCACCUCCACACGCUGCUGCUGACCAUUGACCAAGCCGACAACAAGAGCGCUCUCAUGAGAAGAUACAUGCAGGAGCCCGUCUUUGUGGAGUUUGCAGAUUGUUGCCUGAGGACUGUCGAGCCGGAGGUGGAGGAGAACGAAAUUCCAGAAUGAAUGUCUAGGGAGUCAAGUAGAGGUUUCUCCAGCCCUGGAAAAUGGCUAGCAAAUCCGGAGAUGCUUUGUCUUAUUCACUGCCAGUUCUGCGUUGGAAUCUCUUGGACAGAAUGAGCCACGCUGCUCCCAAGAACAGUUGAUCCAAGCAUAGGGGUGAUUUUCACAAGCUGAAUUUUUUUUUUUUUUGAACUACCAAAUUUUUGCCAGUUUCAAGAGUGGCAAUUCCUCUGGUUUUGAAAGGGAGAAAGAUGCUUUUAUUUUUAAAAUAAAUCGUUUAAUAAAGUCUAACCUCCUUUUUGCACUCUGGUCUGAUUUUAUAUUGUGGGAAAGGAAGAAAAGUUAAAAUUUUACUUCUGGAGUAUAAAACUGAUGCAGUAAAAAUAUCAAAACCAGCCAUAUUUAUAAUCAUCUCAAGUUUAUUACCUCUUAAUUUGUACAGAAUAUAACGCAACCCAGCAGUUAGGAAGAAUGAUCGGAGACUAUUACUUUGACCUCUGCCUUUUAAUAAUUUAUUCUUUUUUCUGACAUUUUAAGAAAUAUUUUGAACAAAACAGCUGCAUCUCAGAAGAAUUUUUAAAAUAACUCUUCAGGUUUUUUAUUAAAAAAAUGCCCAAGCAUCCGGCUUUUUCCUCAUUACAUGGAGACACUGACAAGUGCAGUAGAUUUAAAAAAAAUAUAUAAAGUUCUCACUACAUUAAAAUAGUGUCUUUCGUGAUUUAAUGGUGUGGCCAUUAAAAAACUCCUGAAGAUUUCUAUCCUGUGGUAUAUCAAACCUACAGCGCCCUUUUGAAAUAAACAUUGCUAUAUAGACAUUUUUU